CAAGGUCUCCUGGAGGCGGCAACCGCUCUUCCUCGGCCGUACCCGGUUGGCGGGGCCCGCGGAGCCUUGGUUUUCUGGCAACCAUGGGGGACCCCAGCAAGCAGGACAUCCUGACCAUCUUUAAGCGCCUUCGCUCGGUGCCCACUAACAAGGUGUGCUUUGAUUGUGCUGCCAAAAACCCCAGCUGGGCAAGCAUAACCUAUGGGGUGUUUCUCUGCAUCGACUGCUCUGGGUCACACAGGUCACUUGGUGUCCACCUGAGUUUUAUUCGAUCUACAGAGCUGGACUCUAACUGGUCUUGGUUCCAGCUGCGGUGCAUGCAAGUUGGAGGAAAUGCCAGUGCUUCUUCCUUUUUCCAUCAACAUGGGUGUGCCACCAACGAUACCAACGCCAAGUACAACAGUCGUGCCGCUCAGCUCUACAGGGAGAAAAUCAAGUCAUUGGCCUCUCAAGCCACGCGGAAGCACGGCACUGACCUGUGGCUUGAUAGCUGUGUGGUUCCACCUGUGUCCCCUCCACCAAAAGAGGAAGAUUUUUUUGCCUCUCAUGUCUCUCCUGAGGUGAGUGGCACAGUGCAGGCACCAGCACAACCAGAACCAUCUCCUUUAACGCCACAGGCUGUGGAAACCACUCCAGAAAAUGCAGAAGGUAAACCAGAACAAGGACCAAGUGUGGAAGGCCUUAAUGCCCCAGGGAAGGCUGCUUUAGAGGUUUCAUCUAUCAUAAAAAAGAAACCAAAUCAAGCUAAAAGAGGACUUGGGGCCAAAAAAGGAAGCUUAGGAGCCCAGAAAGUGGCCAAUACGUGCUUUACUGAAAUGGAGAAACAAGCGCAGGCCGUGGAUAGGAUGAAAGAGCAGGAAGACCUUCUGGCCAAGGCCGCACCUAAGGAGGAAUCAGUUGUUUCCUCAUUACGAUUAGCCUAUAAGGAUCUUGAAAUUCAAAUGAAGAAAGAUGAAAAGAUGAACACGAGUGGCAAAAAAAAGGUGGAAGCAGAGCGGCUGGGCAUGGGCCUUGGAAAUUCCAGGAGUGGCAUUUCCCAUUCAGUGACUUCAGAUAUGCAGAUCAUAGAACAGGAGUCUCCCACCCUGGCAAAACCAAGAAAAAAGUACCAUGAGGACAACGAUGACUCAUAUUUUACUUCCAGCUCAAGGUACUUUGAUGACCCCAUGGAGUUAAGAGGCAGCUCCUUCUCUAGCUGGGAUGACCCUGCAGAUACCUACUGGAAAAAGGAGAUGAACAGAGACACCGAGACAGCUGUGAAAGGCCCAGGCUCCUCAGACAGACCUACUACUCGCCGAAAGGCAGACUAUGAGCUCUCUGACAGUACAGAUGAGGCGCAGAAGAAGUUUGGCAAUGUGAAGGCCAUUUCCUCAGACAUGUACUUUGGAAGACAAUCCCAGGCUGAUUAUGAGACCAGGGCCCGGCUGGAGAGGCUCUCGGCCAGCUCCUCCAUAAGUUCCGCUGAUCUGUUCGAUGAGCAGAGGAAGCAGACAACAGGAAACUACAGCCUCUCAAGUGUGCUGCCCAACGCCCCUGACAUGGCGCAGUUCAAGCAGGGCGUGCGGUCCGUGGCUGGAAAGCUCUCCGUGUUUGCUAACGGAGUCAUGACUUCCAUUCAGGGCAGCCUGGGAAAUGCUGAUGGUCCAGUGUGUGGGAAGUGACCACUGGUCUCUCUGCAGGAUCGCUACAGCUCAUGACCCUGCCUUCACCUGGCUCUGUCUGGGGCUCCACGUUGGAGGACGCUGACCAGUUCAGGCCGCAUGGCAGCCCAGACACCCUGGAAGAUGGCUUUGCUACUUUUCCACAUGGUAUAUGCACACCUCGGAUUUUUCGUAUUUCUUUUGAGAAGUUGAUAUUUUUGAUGUACUGGAAACUUUAUUUUAAGUCCGUUUGAUGUUAGUUCCUGCACACACCUCCUCUGGCAUCUGAAGCAUAUCCUUGAUUUCUUUUUCUGGAAUCUUUAUUUCCAACAGCUGGGGUUCCAGAGGUACUGGCUCCUUCCCCUUCUCCCUGAACAGGGGAGCCUUCAUCUGGGGAGGCAGAAGCCCUCCAUGGAUCACGGGGUCAGCUGACGUUAGAUCAGCCUGGAGGAACACAUUCACAACACACUCGCCACACAACACACGUCUCACAGAAAAGGGAGCAAAGAAUAAAAACAAAACAGCAAACGAGACCGGUGUCUAAUUGGCAAGCUGCUUCAUUUGCAUUUCCACAUACUGAGGGGAUUCCAAAGGCUGUUUUAAAGUCAUCCGUCCCUUUGUAAAUUAUUUUGUAUGCUCUAUAAACUUAAAAAUAUUUUCCAGUGAGUGCUUUUAACAAAGCUAUGCUUCCACAUUGCCAAGGGAAUUCAACUUUGUCUUUUGACAGGUGUUGCUGCUUGAAUUUUUGAGAAUGCAAGCUGGGAACUCCUUAAGUGUGUCUAUAAAUCAAUAUAGUGUACAGAAUUAAAAUUGAUAAGGUCAGAGGGCACAGCUACAGACAACAGUUCAGUGUAGGGAAAGUAGUAAUUAGAAUUGGGCAGGUUAAUAUUUUUAUCUUGAUCUUGGUGUUCAAAAAGUUACUAAAUAUGUAUAAAUCAAUAAAAAUAAUUUGGCUGUGUUUUAGACAGCACUAGAAUAUAUUGUUCAACACAGUAAAAUAUAUUUGCAAUUUGAUGAACCAAAACUGUGAUUUCAAAUGAGUACUUUGUGAAUCUUUCUUAAACACUCCAGUUUGUAGACUUCUCAAUACAAUAAACAGUCACAGCAAAGCAUGUUGCUGCCAUUUUUUUUUCCAAAGAUUUUAUAACAAGUCCCCGUAAGCCAGGGCCCGUGGUGUAACACUGGUGUGUAUUUGAG